AUAAGGGAGGACAUUUUAGACAUUAUGGUAAUGUAAUACUUUCCCGUUAAGUCUUCAGAUGCUAUUCAUUGAUGGCCAAGUGACCUAAAGGUUUGACUUGAAUUUGAUAUUUGUGAAUAGUAUUUAUCCAAAAGUCUGCGGAGCUUUCUUUUACUGACAACGCCACUGCAGUCCAAGGCACCGUGAAAUGGUUCAACGUGCGCAAUGGCUAUGGCUUUAUCAACAGAAACGACACCAAAGAAGAUGUCUUUGUUCAUCAGUGAAUACAACCCUGUAUCACAUCACCCAAUCCAUCUGCUGUUUAGACUGCCAUCAAGAACAACAACCCCAGGAAGUUCCUUCGCAGUGUUGGAGAUGGGGAGGUGGUGGAGUUUGAUGUGGUCGAGGCCGCCAAGGUAGGUAAACCUGUAAGGAUGGCUUUCAUUUUAUAUCACCCAUAAUUAACAAGCCUAAAAGGGAUAGAUAUCACAAAUCAAAAUGCGACAGACCUUUUCAUGCCUCUGACUUAGUUGUAAGCCAUGUUCAGUUUUAUGCCAUAAGGUGUGCAGCUUUCUACAUUCGGAGAAAAGUCAAAUGAAUGGGAAAUAUUGAUUGUGGGAAUUAUCCCUUCAAUUUCAAUGUCACUAAAACUGGUUGAAUUGUACAUUGAGAAUUCAAUAACAUUUUCAUUGUCUUAAAUAUCUCUCCAACAAGCUCUUUCCCUCUCUCAGGGCUCUGAGGCUGCCAACGUGACUGGGCCUAGCGGCGUUCCUGUGAAAGGCAGCCGCUAUGCGCCCAACAAACGUCGCUUCCGCCGCCGCAUCUCCCCUCGCAGCCCUCGGCCCGAUGAUGAGAAGGGUGACGGCACCUCUGUCCCCACCUCGGAAGGCGAAGGGGAGAAUGGCAGAGGGGAGAACGGUGGUGAACGACCCGCGCCCCGCCGACGCAGGCCCCGCCGACCCAGACGGGAAGGACAAGAGGGCGAGUCAGGGGAACAGGAGGGAGCAGUGGAAGGCGACCAGCAGAGGCCGCCACCGCGCAGGUUCAGGCCCCAGUACCGCAGGCCAUUCCGUCCUCGCCCACCCCCUGGGGAGGGUAAGCAGGAUGGCAGCGCCCCCACUGAGAGGCAGGAAGGCCAGGCAGCGGACGGACAGAAGGAGGUGGAGGCCCAGGAGGCCCAGCAGACAAACAGGAAGCAGGCCAAUGAAGAAAGCCAGAAACCCCGCCGACAGUUCAGCCGCCGCAGGCAGAGGAACUCUGAGUCUAACACUGUCUCUAAAGAUGGGACAGAGAAGCCAGCCUUGGGGCCUAGCACCCCCCCUCAGACCUCCAAGCCAGCUGAUGUCAAGCCCUCCCCCAAGUCCUCCCCUAAAGGCUCCCCCAAGAUUUCCCCCAAGUCCUCCCCCAAAACCAUCCACAAAUCACCAGAGGCACCUGCCACGACAGUUCCCGUGGCCGCAGAAUGACGCCUCUGAGUGGAUGGUGUCACGUGACCCCAUGCAAGCGGUGGGACCCCACGCUAAACUGAUGCAACCUUUCAGGGGUUGGUUGGAGGAGGGUUUAGCGUUACGCCUAUUGCACUACUACAAAACCGCAUCGUUGGCCAUCUCGUAGCUGAUGUCACUAGAAUGUGACCAUUUAGUUCCUUAAGUAAUUAGUUGUUUUUCUACAUAUGGGUUUUUAGAGGAAUUACAUAAGUCUUUUGACGGGAUGGAAAGCACCAGGCAUGGAUUAUGCUUUUCCUGUUUGCUUUAUAAUUUUGGGACAUUCUGGCGUUCAAUGAAAGCCCACCUAUAUUGCAGGUGUAAUUUGGUUGCCAAUUGAUGGCUCAAAUCCUGUGGGACCCACUGCUUGUUUUGAGGUUGGAAGUUUUAAGUUGUGGCAUUAUUUUGUGUUCAGUUUAUUUUGUUUUAAUGUUGGGCUCUACCCUCUUGGCAUCCUGUCGGUCUCGCUCUGUCGGUCCUAGGGACCGUUAGACGCAGUCCCCCAUCUAACAGUACAUAGCCACCCCACCUGACUUGUCGACACACUGUGUAUGGGAGGAGGAGAGGAAGGGAUAUAGUGGGUUAUGUGUGUUUACAAUAGAGAAAAUACUCAAUUUUAGAAUAAAUUGAGGGGGGGGAAGUGUGAACCUGCUUGGAUGCCCAUUUAAACCACAAAACCCCCAGCAAGUGUUCUUUAAUUGACUGAGAAUGGGCACAAGCAUUGGAGCGGAUCCAGCCUCUUUAAGUUUGAUAACAUAAAAGCAAAGCAGGUAUGAGUGUAGUGGUCUGGGACCUGACACCCCCCCCCAGAUUCUAAAACAUGCUGCUGCCCACCCCCUCUCAUAAAGGCCUGAGGCUGGUUUAAUGAAAUCUUUUUUGUUUUUGUAUGUGCUUUUUUGGAGGGGAUUAUGUGCAAUGUCAGUAUCAGAAUGUCUAUAAAAAUCAUGUUUGCAAAGAC